AACUUUGUCUCGCGGUCGGCGAAUAUCACGUGGUGUGGAUGAUUAUGGGGCGGGUUUACGAAGAGUUGCUUCUCAGCCGCGUGUAGGCUGUUGGCGGCGGCGGCGGCGCUGCUGCCAUGAAGCGCGGGAAUGCAUCCUGUUCUGGGGAGGGGCGGCAGAACAUCUCGAUGCAAGGGGAAUAUGUUAAAGUCAGAAAGAGAGCUUUGGAGAGGUUGACGACUGAAGUGAUGCAGUUACAUGAUAUAUUGCCCCAAGUAUUGAAUGAUGAUGUUGUAGAGAGCUUUCAGAAAUUGGACACUGUUGAAGCAAUUGUAGAAAAGAGAGAACAUGAGCUGGAACAAUUGAGAAUGGAUUGUGAACACUUCAAAGCCCGCCUGGAAGCAGCCCAAGCAGACUGUAUGAAAGAAAGAAAGUUUGACUACUUUCAGGAAAAAUUAAGUGUUCGGCAGCAGUUGAGUGAGGCAAAGCAGCAGUUACUGCAGCAAGCAGAAUACUGUACAGAAAUGGGAGCUGCCGUUUGCACACUGUUGUGGAGUGUCUCUAGCAAUGAAGAAGCAGUUAAACAUAUCCUAGGAAGUAGUAAAGCUGUAAAGUUUUUUAGCAUUGCUGGACAAACGAUGGAGAGUUUUGUGCGAUCAUUAGGUGAAGAUAUCAAACAGCAGGAUGUGGAUUCCGAUGAAAGUCAGUUUGUGUUAGCUUUGGCAGGGAUUGUUACAAAUGUGGCGGCUUUAGCAUGUGGUCGUGAGUUUCUGGUUAAUUCAAAUCGGGUCUUGUUGGACACCAUGAUGCAACUUCUGGGAGAGAUGAAGCCUGGAUGCUGCUCCAAACUGAAAGUGCUAAUGCUGAUGUCUUUAUACAAUGUAAGUAUCAACGUGAAAGGCUUGAAGUACAUCAGUGAAAGCCCUGGGUUCUUCCCAUUACUCUGGUGGCUUCUGAACGAGAAUGGUUCAUCUGAGAGUAUGCCGUUAAUGAAACAUGUGACUGUCUGCUUCAUCAGCUGCUUUUGUUGGUGGCUGAAUUCUAGUGACAUCAAACAGCACUAUGCUGUCUGCUUAGGGAACGUCAGUGAAUUUAAGAGGCAGAAUGGCACAGAGGAGAGAAUAGAGGCAGAGCAUUGUGUUUGCAAGUUGCAACAGAAGAAGCAAAAUAAAGAUGUAGAUCCAGAAGUUUGUCUUCAUGUUCUGCGGCUUCUCCAGUCUGUGAUUUUAGAGCCAGAGGUUUUGACCAAGUCAGCUCCUGAAAUGCGCGACACGUUGCCAUUUCCACGUAUCGUUAUGCUGUCAAAGAGCCGCAAUGUAGAUCUACAAAUGCUGGCCCAAGAUCUUCUCGAGGAUCUUAAAAUAUUAGAGAGUGAAAUAUAAGAGUAUACGUUAUGACAUUAUUUUUUUUAGCAUUUUAUCUGUACAGCAGUAGGUUCUAAAAACCUCUUGUUCGUGAUAAAGCAUGCUCUAGUUGUAGUAGUUACAUGUACGUGACCAUUAUUCCUGUGCAGAAGAAAGUAAAGUUGUCAUAGCUUUAAAUAGUACCCAUCAGGUUUUCAAGCUAGCCACAUAAUACCACACCCUCACUAAUAACUAUUUUGCAAAAUCUGAUGUCAUCAGUAAGUGUUGCAAGAGAUGCACAGCUAAGACAUUUGAGUCUGCCUAAUGUGAGUGAUAAAUACUGAAGAGUUUUAUUGCUGGGUAGGAUAAAUUAAGGUAGCCAUUCCAUUGAACUAGUGCCAUUCCUCUUCCUGCACUUGUCUCUUUGAGUGAUGAGAUGAGUGGAGAGGGCAGCGUGCCGUGUACCACACCAUUGACAGUGAUGGGAGCAAACAAUGGGUACAUCAUCUCUUCUGCUGUUCUCCACUUUCCAAGGUGGAAACUUACUUGUCAAGUGCUAUAUAGCAGGAUAUCCCAAGUCAGAUAUAUGCCUUGUAAUUUCAUUUUUGGUUAUGCCAUUUUUCACUUAUUUUGAGGAAGUCCUAUUUGGUUGUAACUCAUUUUAAUAAGGCCCAACCUUCUUAUAAGAUGGGUUGCAGCUUGUGAAAUUCAAGAAUUAUGAAUGAUGCAAAUUUGGUGAAGAUGCAGUUACGGUGUGAGAAAAGCUUGAGUUCUUAACUGACUGACAUCCAGACUAACAAUGUGCACAUGUAGAUAAUUCUGGAUGAGUGUAACAGUAGAGGGCUGGUUUUUGUUGAUCUCCCCUUCCUUACUAAGUCUGAAAAUAUGUCCUUGAGGGCUGUUUGACCCCCAGUAAUGUACUUUUUGGAGUCAGAGUCACCUUCAGAAGGGGAAGGGAAGAUGGAUGAAUAUCAUUCCUCUAUAGUGGUGUUGCAUGCUAGGCCUGUACAUGACCGAAAAUAUUGGAUUCAGAUGACACAUGACCCAACAGUAGCACUUUUGGAAGGGACUGGGUCAGGUCCUGUCAUUGCAGAACUCUAACAUAUUGUUGGACACUACCACCCCGCUGCCCUGCCCUCUACCUGUAUAGGGGCAGAGGGCAGGGCUGCCUAGCUUAUUCUUUGCUCUGGAAGGAGCACUUAACCAGCUGCCUUGCCAGCUUGAGGCUUGAUCUUAAAAUUGUUUUUCUGGGUGCCUCAGUGGCCCAGGUAAUCCCAGAAGCAGCCAGGUCACUUAGGCACUUAAUAGGACAGCUUUCCUUUUAGAUCCUGAGUGGCCCUGAGUAAGGACCCCUGAGGCCCCUAGAAGGGAAGCUCUCUCCAGACCAAAGAGGGAGCCCUUUUCCCUGCCCCCACCCAGACCCAGUUACAGGUAAAGGAAAGGGGAGAAAAGGGCAGUGGGCAUGGAGUCUGACAGACAAGUUGGAACUCCAGAGUUCUGCAACAACAGCGGUUCUGACUGUUGGAAGCUCCCUGCGGUGGUUAUUGCAGCUCUCCCUCUGACAAUGCGUGACAGAGGGUAUGGCAGACUGACAUGACUGCACAGCCCUGCUACAUGGGCACUUCGUUAGUCUGGCUGUUGGCCUGUAUUUUUGUAGAAACACAUACUGUUUAUGAAAAUGUUCUGCUGUUAGUGUUGUGUAUGUUAUUUCCCCAAGAGUUUUAAUACUUUGACCACAAUGUGUCAUCAUCUCUGCUUAAGACUGUUAGAAGUCAAAGAUGUAAUGGCGUGAAUAAAACCGCAUUUGAUUACAAGCAA